CCGUGCAGGUAUACGACGGAGGGACGAGCUAGCGUUUGGUCCACUAGCUCUGCCCACCCCCCCUCCCCCCCGGGGCGCCGCCGCCUCCAAACGAGACCCAAACUUACUCGCCGCGGCCUCCACGACGCCUCUCUGCUGCAUGGACCGAGACGAGCGCCGCGCUGCCCGUGGAGACGGGCCAUCGGUAGCGGCAGCCGGGCCGAUCCCUUCCGCUGCCCCGCCGUCCUCCUCCGGCAUUGAGGCUUUGGCCGCAGAAGCUAUGGCUUUUGAUGGAAAUAGGAGUGAGGAGUCAAUUGAUGUCAAGGUGCAGAAAGCUCUGGAGUGUCCAUGUUUAGAUGAUCUGAAAAAAAGCCCUUGUGGGAGCCAAUUUAUUUAUGCAUUUUCCUGCUAUCUCAAGAGCACCAAAGAAGAGAAGGGAUCAGACUGUGUCAACCCCUUCAUUGCCUUGCAGAACUGCAUCAAAGAAAACAAAGAGGCAUUCAUCAAAGAGAUUCUGGAAGAAGAAGAAAACGACGAGGAAGCAGAGAAGUCUAACAUCAAAGUUUUGCCUCCAGCAUGGUCCAGAGAACCUAAAUCAAAGAGAUGAGCUCCUUUGAAAUAAGACCGAUACUCUAAGCAAAGUAAUAUUCCAAUAGUCAUUUCCAAAAAAUAAAAAUAAAAUCACCACCAUGUUUCGGCGAAAGUUCUCCAGUUCGGUCCAUUUGAGGGAAAUCAGAGAAGCGAGUAAGCUCAGGUGAAGAAUGGUAUGAGAAGAAACAAGAGCAGAUUUGGCACAAAUAAACCACAGAUGCUGGUAUCGUAAUCAGGAACUGGCAAUCUUGUAUUAUUGUGUGGAUGAAUUGUAUCAUCUGAAGACCAGAUGAAAUGUUCCUCCUUGUGAUGAUCGACCUAUGAUUGGACAAGCGGAUUCCUUCCGUUGCGGUUACACUGACGAUACAUGUUGUUACAUGAACCGACCGUUGUUGUAUUAACGAUACAUUUUUUUGUUACAUGAACUGACGACCUUGUCUGCUUUGGCUG